UGAAUUGAAAGCGCCAAAACAUUUGUUGUUUUGUUGCAUCUCUAUACAAAAUUGUUGGCAGAAUUCCACGUUCAUACAAUUGAUUCAUCCUAUAUUAAGUUGCAUCCAUUUUGCUUUGAGAAUGGUUUAUAGGGUUGCCAUUGAGAUCGUAAAUUAAAUGGGGAGAGGAAAAAAAAAGGAUCUUAAGAUCGUGGAGAGGAGUAGUUGAUGAAAAAAUGGUAAGAUACUUAUAGAACAAAACCCUAAACAGUUGCUGCGUCACGGAAGCCAAGGCCGAGAAUUCCGUCGAACGCUUGAGCUGCGUUUUAAAGUUCUCCGAAUGGCGCCUUUUGCCUAAUAGAAAAGUCCUUUACCUUCUUCCUCUCUCUCUCUUCUUCACAGAGAUCUAACCUCUCCUUUUCCCAAUGUUCGGCACUCCGUCAUCCUCGCCGUCAUUCGGCACUCCGUCGUCCACACCUGCCUUUGGUACGUCUUCACCGGCGUUCGGUACAUCAUCAGCCACGCCUGCGUUCGGUACGCCGUCGGUUCCUUCCUUCUCCUCCGGCGGAUUUGGCUCCUCACUCUUCUCGACUCCCUUCUCAUCGCAACAGCCACAGCAACAACAGCAACAGCAGCAGCCGAGUUCACUGUUUCAGCAACAGCCAUCUUCUAGUUUUGGUUUUCAGUCACCAUUCAACAACACCGCUCAGCAGCAAACGCCGUUCCCAAAUGCUCAAUUGACUACUCAGAUGGCUCCCGUUGCUCCAAUUCCUUACUCUCUCGCCGAUCGUGACGUCCAGGCCAUCAUUGAAGCUUAUAAGGAAGAUCCGACGAAUCCCAAGUAUGCUUUUCAGCAUCUUUUGUUUAGUGUGACUGAACCACAGUACCGGGUGAAGCCUGCAGCUGUAUCAGAUAUAAUGUGGGCAGAGGCUAUGAGCAAACUUGAAGGCAUGGAUUCAACAGAAAGAGAGCGCCUGUGGCCUCAGCUUGUGCAAGGUUUUAAAGAUCUUUCUCAGCGCCUUAAGCUUCAAGAUGAAGUUCUCGCCUCAGAUAGGGAUAGAAUAAAAACGACUCAGAGCAAUGUUAAAAUGCUCCAGAGACAUUUGCAAGCAUCAACCUUUCCAUCUAUUGAAAGGUUGAGACAGAAGGAGCAGAGUCUUCAAAGACGCAUGUUGAGGGGUUUAGGAUUUAGAUUCUCGACCAUGGCGAUUCUAGGGCGGAUCACGGGGGUAACACGAAUAAGCAGAAACAAUUCGAGGGUGAGAGUGUGCCCAGUGAGGUACUUCCAAAGCAAGGACCUUUCAAAUACAAAUUCAUUCAAUGGCGAAGAUGCUGCUAAGCUUCCUGUUCUGAUCGUCGGCGCUGGACCGGUGGGCCUCGUUUUAUCCAUCCUUCUCACCAAACUAGGAGUGAAAUGUGCUGUUGUGGACAAAGCUACAAGCUUCUCGAAACACCCACAAGCACAUUUUAUCAACAACCGAUCAAUGGAGAUCUUCCGUGCAUUGGAUGGAUUAGCUGAGGAGAUUGAAAGAUCACAGCCUCCUGUAGAUUUGUGGAGAAAAUUUAUUUACUGUACAUCUCUCUCCGGCUCAACUCUAGGCACAGUGGAUCACAUGCAGCCUCAAGAUUUUGAGAAAGUUGUCAGCCCGGCUUCCGUUGCUCACUUCUCCCAGUACAAAUUGACAAAUUUAUUGCUGAAGCGGUUGGGAGACCUCGGCUUUCAUGUUCGAGGUUCCAAAGAGUCGGAUGGUCUUGAGGUUGACGCUGUGGUUGCGAGGCAAAUUCUUAUGGGUCAUGAGUGUGUGGCGAUUGAUGCUAACAAGGACAGUAUUACUGCAACUGUUUCUUAUCUCAAAGGAGGCAAGCAUAUGAAAAGAAACAUCCAAUGUAGUAUACUGGUUGGUGCUGAUGGGGCUGGGAGUGCAGUAAGAAAGCUCACAGCAAUAGAAAUGCGAGGGGAAAGGGAUCUGCAAAAGCUUGUUAGUGUCCACUUCAUGAGUAGAGAGCUCGGUGAGUACCUGAUCAGUAGAAGACCAGGGAUGUUAUUUUUCAUUUUUAACACCGAUGGUAUAGGAGUUCUUGUUGCCCAUGAUCUUCUACAAGGAGAAUUUGUUUUGCAGAUUCCAUACUAUCCACCUCAACAGAGUCUAUCUGAUUUUAGUCCUGAGAUGUGCAGGAUGCUGAUAUACAAUUUGGUGGGACAUGAGCUUUCAGACUUGGAUGUAGCUGAUAUUAAGCCAUGGGUCAUGCAUGCUGAAGUCGCCGAGAAAUUCAUGUGCUGUGAGAACAGAGUGAUACUUGCUGGUGAUGCUGCUCACCGGUUCCCACCUGCUGGAGGUUUUGGAAUGAACACUGGAAUUCAGGAUGCUCAUAAUCUUACAUGGAAAAUAGCAGCUCUUGUUCAGGGUUCUGCAAAAUCUUCGAUUCUUAAAACUUAUGAAACAGAACGUAGGCCGAUUGCCCUUUCCAAUACUUCACUCAGUGUUCAGAACUUCAGAGCAGCUAUGUCUGUUCCUUCAGCGCUAGGCCUUGACCCGACAGUUGCAAACUCAGUGCAUAGGUUUAUAAACAAAACAGUUGGUUCCAUCCUUCCAACUGGGCUACAAAAGGCAAUCUUGGAUAAUGUCUUUGCACUAGGUCGUGCACAGCUUUCAGAAUCUCUGUUGAAUGAGAGCAAUCCUCUGGGAAAUCAGAGACUUAGAAGAGUAAAGAGUAUCUUCGAACGAGGAAAAAGCCUUCAACUACAGUUUCCUGCAGAAGAUCUUGGUUUCAGGUAUUUAGAGGGAGCCAUUGUUCCUGAUAACGAGUCUGAAGCUGGUGAUCCCGAACUACCGAGUGGUCGUAGAAGAGACUAUGUACCUUGUGCUGAACCAGGUUCAAGACUGCCACAUAUGUAUGUGAAAAUACUGUCAGAUUCCACAAGAGAGGUUAUUGUUUCUACACUGGAUCUUGUUUCGACAGAGAAAGUGGAGUUUCUACUUAUAAUAUCACCAUUACAAGAGUCCUAUGAGUUAGCUCGUGCUACAUUCAAAGUCGCAAAAGAGUUUAUGGCUAAUGUAAAAGUAUGUGUGGUCUGGCCUAGUAGUGAUGAAGGUCUUGAAAGGGAGAGCAAUUCAGCAUUAGCUCCAUGGGAAAAUUAUGUCGAUGUUAUGGAAGUUAUAAGACAAAAUGGUGAAGGAACUUGUUGGUGGAGUAUUUGUAAAAUGUCGGAGAGAGGAUCUAUUUUAGUCCGUCCUGACCAACACAUUGCUUGGCGAGCAAAGUCUGGUAUUACUUUGGAUCCUACUCUGCACAUGAGAGAAGCCUUCUCCAUCAUACUUGGUAAACAAUGAUGAACAACGCCAUUUAUUCCACAAAUUCCUUUGUAUACUAUUUAUUUUCAAAUAAAAUCACGUAAUUUUUGUAUUUGUGUUUCAA